GCAGCAGUGUAGAAGAUGGCCAACAGCUCUUGUGGUUGGUCUUGUAAAGAAUAUGGCAGAUUAAUCAUGAUGCUCACAAAACGUUUGUAUGUUGGUGGUCUGAGCCACAAUAUAUCCGAGAAAGAUUUGAAAGACAGGUUUGGUAAAUUUGGAGAAGUUUCAGAUGUGGAAGUAGUGACUAGAAAAGAUGAAGGUGGAAAUCCGGUUAAGACAUUUGGAUAUAUCAACAUAAACAUCUCAGAUGAUGGAUUUAAAAAAUGCUUGACGGUCUUGAAUAAAUCCAAAUGGAAAGGUGGAACACUUCAAAUUGAAUUGGCAAAGGAAAGCUUCUUGCACAGGCUUGCUAUGGAACGUCAACAAGCAGCUGAGAAUGCCCAAGCUAAAAAUCUUAACCAGAAAGAGAGAUUAGUUGACUCCUUGAAAAAAGCAGGAGUAGAAAACUUUCACAUGAAAGCAGCUGUUCCUGGUACUGAAAUUCCAGGACACAAGGACUGGAUUGUGAGUAAAUUUGGUCGUGUCCUCCCUGUUCUUAAUCUCAAAUGUGAAGGCAAGAGCAAGAUUUUUAAGUAUGAUCCAUCCAAACACUGCCACAACAUAAAGAAAUUUGACACAAUGACCGAUGUUACAGAGAUGACUCCAGUCUCUCAGUUGACAUGGGAGAUAUCUGGUGGUGAUGAUGAAAUCAGUAAAAAGAGAAGGGGGGAAUUCCCACCACAAAAAACAAAACCUAAGAAGAUCAAACAAGAUUUGUCAUGUCCGUUGGAUAUACACCAGAAACAAUGUGAAGGCCAGAGAAAUCAUACAAUAAGCAGAUUAGAUAUGAAGAAUAUUGUGGGUGGUAAUAGAAUUUCAGGGAAACUAAAAAUGAUGCACCUGGAAUCAACCUUGGACAGUGGUGAUGAGGAAAUGGUGAUAACAAAAGAAGUACCUCAGAUGGUGAAAGAGACUGAAGAUGGUUUAGAGGUGGUUGGGGAUGACUUUAUAGUGAAGUCCAGCAUAUUACAGCCUGGAGAGAGCAAAAAUCCGACAUCAUCUGGGCAUUUGGAUAGUGACCAAGACUAUGACUCUGCAGACACUGAUGAGAUUCUGACCAGGAGUAAAGACUCAGGUGCUCCAGAUAGUGAACUGAAUGCAUAUUCAAAUCCUGGAUUGCUUUGUGAAAUGCAGUCCAACAAAUAUGAAAACACAUCGGUUGAGAAGAAACGCAUCAUAGACCAUGAAAAUGGUGAAAAAUCAGACAGUGACAUGGAAUCUGACAAUAGCAUGGAGUCAGAUUAUGAAGCUAUGAUGACCAAUUGUUGCAGGUUUGAGAUAUCAUUAGGAGAUCUUGAAUUGCUUGCUAAACAAUCCUCAGAAACCUCAGAUGAUGCAGAUGUAAACUUUCACGAGGCAUCAUCCAAACCAGUGUCAGUUAAGUCACUAAAGAAAAGGUGUAUCAACCCAGAGGACAUUCUAGCCUCUAUUGUGGGAACAUGCAGCAGUGAAGAUGAGUCAGAGGGAAAGAAACCCAAACGAAAGAAGUCAAAGAAAAAAAGUAUUUCAUCUCUCCCAGAAUUUAUAGGAACAAAGAGUCUCUUUGGAGUUUCAGAUGCCUCCGAACCAGAGCCAAUCCCCUGCACGAAAACUGAAGACAGUGCACAGUAUUGUUUAGAGGAACACAAAUCUAACACCGUGUCUAAAUCAGAACAGUGCACAUCAGAAUGUCAAGCUAAGGUUCUCCUUGUAGAACCCUUGUGUUCAGUUACAAACUCUGAAUGCAACAAUCCAUCCAUCAGUGAUUCCUCAGUUCUUACUCAUGCUUUGUUUACUGAGGUGUCUGACAGCAGUGAAGAAGAGGAAGGGGAGGAAGAGGUGGGGACGAUCCAUUCUACACUCCACUGUAGUCUCUCUGCUGAGAAUAUGAAGGAUGAGCGGAAUAUAGUGGUGGAUUUCUCUAAGCAUGACAAGAACAGCAUUUCAGAAUAUGUUUUGACAUCCUGUGAAACUAGAGAUGAAGACAAAAGUGAUGUUCCAGAGACCCUAGAGAAUACCUAUUCUACCAGAUUACAUGAAACAACAGAGAAACUGUCGAACAGUGAAGAUGUUGAUCAAGUCAAGCAUGCCACUAAACCUGAGGUUAUUUCCUUCAAAGAGCAGGAUGAGGAGUCUAGAGCACCCAGAAAAACUCCUAUCCGUGUUCACGUAUGUGAUUCUGAGAAGCAAAGGCAGGACAACGAGAGGCGCCUCGCUGCUCUAGAGCAGAGACAAAAGGAGUCUGCACAACAGAAGAAGGUUAUUCAGGGUUCACUUGCUGAAGUGGAUACACCAAAUGCAAACAAAGGGAAGCACAUAGUGUUUGAUUCUGAUAAUGAUAGUGAGGCUGAUGUGUUAGAGGACUCUUUCCCUCCAGCCACCAGAGGAAACAACCUCUUGAGGGAGGACUCAAAGGAUACUGGCAGAAAAAAUCAAAACAAACAGGAAGUCAAUUUAAAGCCAAAAACAUCAGGAGCUUCGAGGCUCUUUGACAGCAGUGAGGAGGAGGAUAACGCUUUAGAUGAAGAACGAUUCCAGAUUAAACCCCAGUUUGAAGGCAAAGCCGGACAGAAGCUCAUGGAAUUACAAUCUCGAUUUGGAGCAGAUGAACGAUUCCAAAUGGAUUCAAGGUUUAUGGAUAGUGAGGAGGAGGAAGAGGAGGAUCAACUUAAGAAUUCAGAUAAUACGACACAUGUCAUUGAGGAAAAACUUGUGGAAGAAAAGAAGAAAAAUAUGGAAAUACUACAGAGUGUUCUGAACAUAAGUAAGCAGCCCAGUUUUGCUGAGUCUACAAAGAGUAAGAUCUUCAGAGAUAUAUCAGCUCUGCAUUAUGACCCCACUCGAGAGGACCAUGCAGCCUUUGAGAAAAAGAAAGAGCCUAAAACAGAGAGUAAGGCUACCAGGCGGAAGAAACUAGCAGAGGCAGAAAAACUUCCUGAGGUGUCCAAGGAUAUCUUUUAUGAUGUUGCAGUGGACUUGAAAGAGGUGUUUGGGUCAACUUCAAAAACAGUGGAAGGAGAGAAGGAUAUGUCAUGGGACAAGAAAGAAGAGGAGGUAGAGGCAGAAAAGAAGGAGGAGGAGAGCCCAACGGCAGAGGGCAACACAGACAUGCAGUCAGGCAUUUUCUCACUUGCUGCUCCAGAUAAAGUUGAAUCAUCUGGUUUCAAGUUCUCCUUUUUUGGAGAGGAUGCAGAUAUUGAGACAGAUGCUAAUGCUGAGAGUGGUGAAUACAAGAUUGAGCCAUUAAGAGGACCCAAGGUGGCAUGGCAGGGAGAUCCCCGUUUCCAAGAUAGUAGCUCCGAGGAUGAGGAUACAGAGGAAAAUGAGGGGAAAAAUAAGAUCGCCUCAGUGAUCGCAGUCGAAGAUCCGAAGCCCUCCAAGAAAAUGUUGUUCUUUUUCUACCAAGAUGAUGAUCGUCUAAAAGAGGGACCCAGAACAUUUUGCAGGCCCGCCAAGCUAGAGGAUCAAAGAGAAGAGUGGGAGGAGAGGAGGACAUCUUUAAUAGAGGAGUACAGAAAGAAGCACAAAGCCGCUAGGAAGAAAUUGAGGGAAUCUCAUCAUAACUGAGGUUGAUAUAUGCAAACCUAUUGUCUAGCAGAGAUAUUCUGUUUUAGAACAUGUAUGUAUAAUAUUUUUCUCCUCCCUAUUGGGAUUUUGUGAUUUUUGUGACCAGAUAGUAUCAUAGAUCAUUGGAAUAAUUAAUCAUCAAAUGUGCCUUGAGGACUUGUAAUUUGUAAUGGUUAUUAUAUAAAAUAAAUGGAACUUUGCAUAUUGGCCACUAGGGGGUGAUAAUAAAAACUUGUUUACAGUA